AUGACCACUCCAAUUACAACAAGCAGCGCACAUUUAGAUGUCGAUUCAUCCGCGCAGGGAGAUGCCGAAACAAAACCAGAGAUUGCCGAAAAGACGGCAUUGAUGGAGGUUUACACAGCGUCAGAAGGAGCCACUGGGACGGGCGCUGGCGGCACCCGGACAGCUUAUCUACCCCUUGGGCAGGCUUCGCCUCCUCGAAUAUUGAGAAUUGGCACACCUGCAUUGCUUCUGGUUGUUCCCCUCACAUACAUUGUUCUUCUGGGAAUCGUAGCCUCACUUCAUAAUAAGAAGAAAAGCUCCUUCGGUGAGGAUACUCUUGAGGCCCUACAGCUGGCUGCAACUCUCUGGCCUAUCUCAUUCGCAGCGGUUAUUGGGCCUUUCCUCAAGACUCUUGCUUUGUUUAGCGCUGAACGAGGAACGAGCCUUGGCUCAUUGGAGGUUCUAUUGACUGGCCAGACUACAGUAUCAACACUGAAAAGUCUUUUCACUUUGAGGAUUAUUCGCAUAUGGACACUCUCUAUUGCAGCAUUAUGGUGUUUAAGCCCUUUAGGCGGACAGGCAGUCGUUCGAUCGCUCGGUUCGCAUACGAAUACGCAGACUUUAAGCAUCCCUGCUGCGCAUUACUUCUCGCAGAUACCUCUAAAGGCCACCAAUGACUACUCAUCGCCACUCUUUGAAGGAGAUACAAACGCGUUUAAUGGUGGCACUUUGACAAUGGAGAGGAUCGGCGCAUUUCGAAGGACAGUCCUCGCUGCAUUAUCUGCAUCCGAGAUAUUGCUUUCACAUGCCAACAUGUCAAGCCCCCAGUUUGAAAACGUUGUCAAAAAGCUAGGAGGCACGCCUCGGGCACGGAAUGUCCGUAUUCCAUUUAUGGAGUAUCUCCCAGACUACGACGAUGGAAAUCCAACGGCAUGGACGCCGGUGCCGUCAAAUCAAAUUGUGUCAUACUCUUCCUUUAUUGGUGUUCCCAUUCGUGGGGGGUCUUUUUCUCGGGAGGGUAAUUCUAGUAUGGUAUUGCAGUCCCGAUAUCAGAUCCUCAAGUGCGGUGAGGAAUUUGACGGUCGUCCUUGGUUACCACUCCAAGGUUCUGGAGAAAAACCAAAAGUUCUUUGGCAUAGAAUGACUUCAAUAUCUUACGGGUCACUGCCUUCUCAGAAAGGGCCGUUAAACUCCUAUGGUGACCUUGGGACCACACCAAAUAUGUGGUUGGACCUCGUUAACGACAACCUCACCUGGCGUCAUUUAUACCCAAGUGGAAACCAACUCGAGCCCGAAUCAUACCUGCAAAUGGUUGUUGGAGGCACCUGUCCGACGGGCCGGGGUCGGGAAAUCCUCAUGCUCCGCGUGUGCAACGUUAGUACCUCAAAUGUCGACGCUACCGUAAACUGCACAAGAUCGGGCGACUUCGGGGAUUUGGAAUGUCGAACAACGCAGAUCCGCAGGACGCAAAAGCCAAGGUUCUCCUCAAAAAUAACGGACCUCUCUUACUCGCCAGUUGCCCAAGGGAUAUUGUUCGAAAUGCUGUUUACAACGGCAUCGUAUAUGAGUUUGAGACCAAGCUCUCUGGAGAAAUUCAUCUAUGAUCCUCUGAGAAUGUACAGCAACAUAGACGAUCCCGUAUGGCCUUAUUUUGCAGGCUGUUUCAAAAACAUAUCCCGAACAUACUUAGAAGGUAGGCUUUCGACAGCAUUGAACACGUUCUCAAUGGCAACGUACAACAACACUGUUCUUACAGGUGCUGACGGAACUACCCUUUCUGGGCGUAACGAUUUUUGGCAUAACACCACCGCAACCUGGACCGAAUUCACUGAAAAGCAGUAUACCAUGAGUGCCUCAUGGUUCUGCGUUUCUGCGAUAUCAACAAUCAUACUGUUGGCUUGUACCAUAGCCAACAUUGUUAUUCGUCAGAUGAUUGUGGCUCCUGACUUCCUCGAAAGCAUUGACGGGCUGACGCGAGACUCUCCUUACAUCAAGAUUAUUGGUCAUUCUCCCUAUACCGGAAGUGGCGCCAGUGCAGUAGAUCGACUUCUUGUAACAAAGAAGGUAAAAGUUCAGAUACAGGAUGUUCAGCCCGACAUGGACCUCGGAAAAAUUGCUCUUACUACGGAGCUAAGGAAUGCAAAGCUUGAUCGGAUGAGGACCUAUUGUUAG